UGCCUAUCAGUGCCAGUCAGUGCUGCCUAUCAGUGCCGCCUAUCAAUGCCAUCAGUGCCUCCUCAUCAGUGCCCAUUAGUGCUGUCUAUCAGUGCCCAUCAGUGCAGCCUAUCAGUGUCCUCACUGCAGCCUCAUUAGCGCAUAUCAGUGAAGGAGAAAAAUUACUCAUUUACAAAAUGUUAUAACAGAAACUAUGAAAAAAACUUUUUUUUUCAAAA